GGAUCGCUGACUCGAUUAUUUCCCCUACAUAACCUGAAUGCAGCUCUGGUUUCCUCUGCAGCAACAAUGGCCACUAGCUGUCAGACAUGGAGACCGGACCGAGGACGGUGCUUUAAAACCUACGGAAUUGUUACUGUUUUGUUUAUGGACUUGGUAUUACAAUGUGUUAACGGAUACCUGAGCUCUCCUCAUGUUGGUCAGGAUCGCACCUACAGCAAAGUUACCCAGGAUAGACAUGUCAUCGCCACCCCAGUGGUACCUCCCUCAGCGUCUCCUGCAGAUGAAGAGAGCUACGCUUCCAAGUGUCCUAGUUGGGGACUGUGCAGUCGCCUGCCAGCUGAUUGCAUUCACUGCAAUUACCAACACAACUGCACCUACAGGAAACCAGCUUCCUUCACUUGUAAACCCAAAAAAGGAGUUCAGUGUAUUGGAGAGUCGGGACAACAGCAAGCCAACUUUUCUCUCUCCAUCCCCUGUCAGUUCUGCUGGCAGCUGGACCCGUCCCAGUACCGCUGCUCAAACUCUACCAACUGUAUGACAGUGUCUUGCCCACGCAAGCGCUUCAACGCCACCUGUGAUGUGUUAGACCAUGUGCAUUGUUUAGGUAAAAGGCGCUUUCAGAAACGUUUAUUUUGUAACUGGACUGGUGGCUACAAAUGGUCAACAGCAUUAGCACUCAGCAUUACGCUUGGUGGUUUUGGGGCAGAUCGGUUUUAUCUGGGCCAGUGGAGAGAGGGUCUAGGCAAACUGUUCAGCUUUGGAGGCUUGGGCAUUUGGACUUUGAUAGAUGUUCUUCUGAUAGGGGUUGGCUAUGUGGGACCUGCUGACGGUUCGCUCUACAUCUGAAGCAGAGCUCUGGAGGUUUACACUUCACACUCAGAGAUUGAAGAUCUGAUAUGCUGUGUUCUUUGCAUGUUUGCCUUCCCAACCUCGCGGUGCAACACUUCCUCUUCCCAUCUGCUAACAGGCAGGAAGUGUUUUCUACAUUACACCAACGAUGACUCUACCCACACAACCAUCAGAUCAAUCCCAAUCAUUCUGCGUUCAUCCCCUGUUGAGAUUCUGCAGAUGGAGCUGUGGAGGGGGAUGAGGAGCUAGUAAUUAUGUGUAUCUGGUUGGUUUGACUAAACUGCUGGUUAGGCUCUGUCAUGCUGAUAUAUAGAUAGAUUUGGUUUCCUGCGGAGCAUUGCUUUCACAGACCUCCUGACACCUUGGAGCUGUGUGUUGCUCCUCCUUAUUCCAAGGUAAAUUCAUCAAUGGGGGUCAGAUGGUGACAUUAGACACAAUAGACAGGUUGAAAGGUAAUAUUUAUGCCCAGAAAGAAAGCAUGAAUAUGCAGAAGGGAAAUAUGUUCAUGUGUUUUAUUGACAACAAAUGUUUGUUCUUGUGGAUGAAUUUAACUGUUAUUUUACAUGUACUUUAUUUUUUCCCUACAAUUAGUCAGCAGCACGGGCCACAAGUGUAAGAACAAUGCCCUGAGGGCUGGAUGAAUGAUACCAUGGCUUUUCAAAAGCUCAAGUCAAAUGUUGCAAAAUGAAACUUUGACAUUGAUAAAGUUCUUAUGUUGUAUAAAUAAAUACAUAAGAGCUACUGUAUGUUUAAACAGCAACUGGAACUGGUAGAGAACCAGAAAGUAAUGCAGCGGCUAGAACCUAUAACUUUUGUUAUCACUUCCUGCAAUAUGUACUCAUCUGAUUUUGUGGGAGAACGCACAGAAAAUAAUCUCUAACAGUGUAUGUUUGUACAUGACAAAUAUUGAAACACUUGUGUUGCACUAGCAAACUGCAGUUAGUUGUGGUAUCCUGUGUUGGAGAUAUCCUGUGCAUUCAGCUAGUAAUUUUCUAGAACACUGGGCUUCCCUCUCACUACAUGUAAAUAUGUUUUCUGUUUUCAGCCUCAGGUCACAGUUUCAUCUGUUUAGAACACUGUAAAUGACAUUUUUUAAGUUAUGUAAAUAAAAUUGUAAAAUCAAA